AUGGGAGACAUGGGAGACCCACCAAAAAAAAAACGCCUGAUUUCCCUAUGUGUUGGUUGCGGCAAUCAAAUUCACGAUCAGUAUAUUCUGAGGGUUUCUCCGGAUUUGGAAUGGCAUGCGGCGUGUUUGAAGUGUGCAGAGUGUAAUCAGUAUUUGGACGAGACCUGUACGUGCUUUGUUAGGGAUGGCAAAACCUACUGUAAAAGAGAUUAUAUCAGGUACGCCAUUUACGGAGGCUGGCUAAGGAGGGCUCGGUGGGAGCCGAGAGACUGUGCAGUUUUAGUCACCCGGGUUGGAGCAUUUUCUCAUCUACGGAUGGGUGAACUGUCCCCCUCUCCUCCACGGGAGACGAGGAACCCGCCACCCACUCCAGAGUGUAACCCCAGAAACCCAUUAUUUGCCGUGUGGGGCUGUCAGCAAGAAGUUGCCCUUUCACUGCUGCCGGAGGGCUUGAGCCCCGGCUCAAGCCGGGAGCCUGGGUCGGAGAAGGACGAGCCGCUGCAGGGAGCAGGUCUGCGGCAAGGUACAGACCCCUCUGCCUCCGGAGCAUGUGGAAAAGCCGUUCUAAGCACUGGUGGAAGCGGGGUCCGAAAAGAGAUAGACUUCAUAACUACAGGCGAGCACUUAGGCUCAGAACCUAUCUCUGCCAGACAGCCAGCUCUGCGACCCCACGUCCACAAGCAGCCCGAGAAGACCACCCGAGUCCGAACUGUCCUUAAUGAAAAACAGCUUCACACCUUGAGGACCUGCUACGCUGCCAACCCCAGGCCUGACGCCCUCAUGAAAGAGCAACUGGUAGAAAUGACUGGCCUCAGCCCGAGGGUCAUCAGGGUUUGGUUUCAAAACAAACGGUGCAAGGACAAAAAAAGGAGCAUUAUGAUGAAGCAACUUCAGCAGCAGCAACCCAAUGACAAAACUAAUAUCCAAGGGAUGACAGGAACUCCGAUGGUGGCUGCUAGUCCGGAGAGACAUGACGGUGGUUUACAGGCGAACCCGGUGGAGGUGCAGAGUUACCAGCCACCCUGGAAAGUACUGAGUGACUUCGCAUUGCAGAGUGACAUAGACCAACCUGCUUUUCAGCAACUAGUUAAUUUUUCAGAAGGAGGACCCGGUUCCAAUUCUACUGGAAGUGAAGUAGCAUCAAUGUCCUCUCAGCUGCCAGAUACACCCAACAGCAUGGUAGCCAGUCCUAUUGAGGCAUGA